UGUUCUUUCCCUGUUCGCUUCUCUCCGUCUCGUCUCACGCAUUUCAUAUUUACUCUUCUUUGAACACCCAGAUUUCGAAAUGGCCAUGACGUGGGUCUUCACCGUGCUAGCUGUGGCAGUCCUGGCGCAUCUGAGCGGACGCAGCAGCGCCGCUGGCAAGCGCAGUGCCUGGCAGCAGCUGUGCGAUGGUCUCUGCACGAUUCUGCUGCGCGCACUCCACCUUGCCUUCGCCAUCCACCGCUCGUUCCAGGCAUGGGUGCACAACUCACUAAACCAGGCGCAGUUUGAUGUGCGCGAGCUGUUGGAGGACGACGACACUGACGAGAUCGCUGCAAAGCGCGCAAAGCUGGCUGGGCUGUUCGAGUCGCUGCCACAGAAGCCCGAGCACUUUGCCGCCAUCAUUGCCGAGGAAGACGAGCCCGUCAAUUCGGUCGAGACGCUGUGCGCGUGGUGUGUGAUGGCCAAGGUUCCGUGCCUGACUGUGUACACCAGAAACGGACAGUCUUUCGACGACAUCGCAUACCGCCUGGGCAGCUCCAAGAGCGUGCUGCGCGCUGCCAAUGGCCGCGCCGCACGUAUCUGUCUCCGCGAUGGCGAUCGCAUCGAGUAUAUCGGCACUGACGUCGACACAGUGCUGGCGACAGAGCAGCAGUUUGAUAUUCAUGUGUCGCUCUGGUCCCGCAGAAACGGCUUCCCUAGUCUGGUUGGUGUGGCCAGGGACAUGUGUCGGCAGGCAGAAAUGGGCAGUCUGACACCUAAGGAUAUUGACGAACAGUAUGUCGCGGCACGGCUCAAACACCCGGGCGGAUUUGUCCACCCGGAUCUGGUUCUGCUGUACGAUGAACCUGGUCUGCAGAACUCGGAGGUGUACCAGAUCCGAGCGGCAGCCAAGGAUCUCGAUGAUCGCGUUCUACAGAGCGCUCAUGGGCUACGGACGUAUCGAGCGCCGCUGGGGAAAGUGAGUAGCUCCUCGAGAUAGUCGCUGCUGUGCUUCAAAUACACCACACUCAGCAACUUCCAGCGAAACCGCAGCUGGUACAAGGAGCUUUAGACUACCCAAAUGCAGGCACGUGAGAAAGGGGUUUCGGUGGCCAACCACACUGCGCCAGAGGGCUGUGCGCCAAGACGCCCAUCCUCAAGCCAACGUCACAAGUUUUUUUUUUUUUUU